UCAGUGCCUCCUCCCAGUGGGCAGUGCUGGCAGGGUUAGGUUGUCUGCUCCCUGCGUGUGCCCCUCACUAGUGUUAGCGGAGCGGGCUAUAGAGUGAUAGGAGAGCCCGCCCCGGCCAGCCUGUGCCCAGCCGAUAAGACAUUUGUCAGAGCCGUGCCCGCUGCACCUCCACAACAAGGGACCUGACAGAGGUGUGGGGACUGUCAAGAUGGCAGCAGCGGGAGGUGAUGUGCAGAUGCCAGGGGACGGAUGUGUACACUAGAGAGCCGCAGAGGAUAGGAGGAGGUGUGCAUGUGACAGCAGCGGUUCAUGUGCGGUAUCCACACACAGAUGGAGCGCGCAGGGGGAGCCGUGGACCUGCUCCGCUAGAUUCUGCCCAAGCAGCCGAGUCCUCCGCAACUCAACACGCACCUCGCCAUUUACCCUGCUCCCUGGCACCUCGGGCAGCAUGGCAGACGCACUGCCCCCUGCCUCACCGGAGAGGGACGUGGACAUCGACCCCGACUUCGAGCCGCAGAGCCGGCCCCGCUCCUGCACAUGGCCCCUGCAGCGCCCCGACUCCCAGGCCAGUCCGGCCAAGCCUGGCAUCGCCGGGGACGCGUCGUCCAUGAUCCCGGAGGAAGACGACGAUGACGAGGAAGUGUCCGCCGCCUCGGCAGUUACAGCCGGGGACUCUGUGGAGAGAGGGACGCUGCUGCUGGUGAGCGGCGGGGAUGUGGCGGCGAUGACAGUGCUGGCCGCCCCGGUCGGCGGAGGGGACUCCGCGCAGAGUGCGCUGGGGGCCGGGGGGAGCGCUGUCAGCGGGGCGGCCGGGCAGCAGAGGAAGUGCUCGUCCCGCAGGAAUGCCUGGGGGAACAUGUCCUAUGCCGACCUCAUCACCCGGGCCAUCGAGAGCUCCCCGGACAAGAGGCUCACCCUGUCCCAGAUCUACGACUGGAUGGUCCGCUCCGUGCCCUACUUCAAGGACAAGGGGGACAGCAACAGCUCCGCCGGCUGGAAGAAUUCAAUACGACAUAAUUUGUCUCUGCACAGCAGAUUUAUCCGAGUUCAGAAUGAGGGCACUGGAAAAAGCUCCUGGUGGAUGAUCAACCCCGAAGGGGGGAAAGGUGGAAAGGCACCAAGACGGCGUGCUGUGUCUAUGGACAACAGUAACAAAUACACUAAAAGCCGGGGAAGAGCGGCAAAGAAAAAAGCGUCUAUACAGGUGGCCCAAGAAGCCAGUGAUGAUAGUCCUUCUCAACUCAAGUGGCCAGGAAGCCCUACUUCACGCAGCAGUGAUGAGUUAGAUGCCUGGACAGAUUUCCGCUCUCGUACAAACUCUAAUGCCAGCACGAUAAGUGGUCGUUUAUCUCCAAUUCCAGCUACCACUGAACUUGAUGACGUUCAAGAUGACGACUCUCCUAUAUCCCCCAUGUUGUAUAGUCCUGGCAGCAUGUCUCCAUCCUUAAGUAAACCAACCACGGUGGAGUUGCCAAGGAUAACGGAUAUGGCUGGAACUAUGAACUUAAAUGAUGGUCUAUCAGAUAACCUUAUGGACGAUUUGCUGGAUGACAUUUCCCUUACUUCUCAGCAGUCAUCUCCUGGUGUGGGUAUGCAAAGAAGUUCCAGCUUUACCUAUGGCACUAAGGGCUCAAGCCUCAGCUCACCAUCCAGUAGCUUCAAUAACACAAGUAGCUUCAAUUUCCCCUUGACCUCUCUGCGUCAGUCCCCAAUGCAAACCAUACAAGAGAACAAACAAGCAACAUUUUCUUCCAUAAAUCAUUACAGUAAUCAGUCUCUGCAGGACCUUCUUACCACUGACUCACUUAGCCAUAGUGAUGUAUUAAUGACUCAGUCUGACCCCCUUAUGUCCCAAGCCAGUACUGCAGUCACUGCUCAGAAUUCCCGUAGAAAUAUCAUUUUGAGGAAUGACCCUAUGAUGUCUUUUGCUGCCCCGUCCAACCAAGGUGGAGGUUUGGUUAAUCAAAAUUUGCUUCACCACCAGCAGCAGUCCCAUAGCUCAUUUCUUGGUGGCAGCCGUGCCUUGUCAAACAGCAUAAAUAAUAUUGGUUUAAAUGACAGCAACAACUUGGACUCGUCCAAACACCAGCAGCAGUCCUCAGUCACUCAUUCUAUGCAAGCCCUCUCAGACACGCUCUCAGGGUCCUUGUACUCCACAGGCAUGAACCUUCCAGUGCAUGAAAAGUUCCCAACUGACUUGGACCUGGAAAUUUUCAAUGGGAGCUUGGAAUGCGACAUGGAAACUAUUAUUCGAAACGAACUAAUGGAUGCAGAUGGGCUGGAUUUUAACUUUGACUCCCUUAUCUCUGCACAGAAUGUCAGUCUAACUGUGGGAAACUUCACAGGUGCUAAGCAGACAUCAUCACAAAGUUGGGUACCAGGUUGAUGACAGUGAUUGAAGAGUGACCUUGCCAGGCCCCGGAACUGACAUGUGACCCUAUAAAUGAAACCCUUUGCCAAAUCUGCUGUCAGCAAGCGGACAGUGAUACUGUUUACAGCUUAUGGCCCUUUCAUGAAUCCUGCACCAAUGUCCUAAUCUUGCGAUGACUGUUAGCAGAAAUCCUUCAAGCUCAAGUAAAGUUCCUUCCAGGAUAAUCUGUGCAUCGCCCCCCCCUUCCCCUCCGAAGUACAAGUAUGCAAAAAUGUCUGUACAAGAUGAGAACAUAGAUGGAUGUCCUCUUCUUGUGGGCACGGUCUUGUUAUGCAGUGGUGUUUGUCAACAGAUAGAUCCUAGCUGCCAUGCGUCACCCCCACCCCCCACCAGCUAUAGACCUAAAUCAUGCUGUUCAUUUUUAGGGGAGGAUCACAUAUAUGAAAUCUUUAUUCUACUUUUUUUUUUUUCCCAGUUUUCCUUUUUUUUUUUCCUUUUUCAUUGCAAUCUGUCAGACAAACCUUCUGAUAGUAUUUAUGAAAGUCAACAGUCAAUCUACUGCCUCUCCAUUAUGCCAAAAAGGCAACAUUUUCCAUUGAAGACGCUUUACUUAAUACUCUCAUUUCUGUUUGAAACUUUUUGUUUUGAUGAUGCAAUUCAGGGAUAAAUAUGUUGCUAACAUGGUACUACUUCCUGUCACCCAAACCAAGUGUAUACUGCUGUAUUUAACGAAUAUAUCCAGAACAGUGAAGUUUAUACAGUUUGUUCCUGGUUCUUUGUUUAGUUUGUUUUGUUUUUACGCUUUUUAUCACCAAAUGACCAGAAUGGGUUUAAACCUAGGAGAUCAGGCAGACAUAGCAGUGUAUUGGCAAUGUUGUGUAUGCAGGUGUACCAAAACAACCAGGAUUACUGUACAUGGGGUGCGUGUACCAAGCAGUGCACUAUAUGGGUCUUCCGUCACUUGGCUUUGAAUAGUAUAUUCUACAUUUGGAAACCCGUGAUUGAAGAAUAAGGUAAUGCCCUUAAAGAGGGAUUUCAGGUUACACUAUUACCUGGAAAGCACAGUGCUGCUGAAAAGGCCCUUCCAUAUUAAACGUCAACACGUUUGGUCCAUUAUUUUUGUACUGGUUUCUUUGUUUUGGGUUUUUACUUUUUGUUAGUUUUAGGGGGGCAUAUUGUGAAUGAACAUCAAUGGUACAUUAUUGCAACUUGGUAUAUAAAGUACAGACACAAGUGAUCUAUAUAUAU